AUGGAUUCCACAUCGAGUGAUGCCGGCAAGGAAGAUGACGAUGAAAGUUCGUCCUCCUCAUCGAGCGGAUCGGAAGCAACCACACCAAAGCGUUCCGAGUUGGAUGAUUUCCGCGCCAAAUGGCAGCAAGAAUUGAAAAGAGACCAACCCACGGCCAACCUGCCGGUUGUGGGCGCUGGUACGACCGUGGAAAAAGAUUCCAUCGAGCAUCAGGCCCGUACACUGUUCCAGCAGGGUUCGGAGCUCGAACGAAGCGGUAAAGUGUUCGAAGCCAUGCGACUCUAUCGCCGUGCCACGCAGCUCGUACCGGACAUCGAGUUCCGGGUGUAUGAUAAAAAGCACAUAAAGCCGCAGGAAGAUGAAAGUGAUGCGAACGCACGAAUCGUCGAGGGGUUAAUGGAGCGCAUGAUGGAGGCAAACAUAGAUGAGGACGAGGAAAAUCUGGAAAACGUCGAUCUUGCUUUACGCUUCCAAACGCUAAUGGCCCGCUCGGGGAAACUUUUCGAACGUGCCAGUGGUGACCGUAAGCUGAUUGUAACUGCGGCUCACUUUUCAGACUUGCCGAUGGAACUCAUCCUGUACAUUCUGCGGUGGGUUGUGUCAAACGAUUUGGACCUAAAAUCGCUCGAACGAUUCGCCUGCGUUUGUCGUGGGUUCUAUUUGCUAGCGAGGGAUCCGGAAAUAUGGCGCCAUGCCUGCAUGAGAAUUUGGGGUGUAAACUUGGGUGUGCUGAAGGGCACAACGUUCAGCUCCUGGCGCGAGAUGUACAUUAACAGGCCACGGUUACUUUUCCACGGAUGUUACAUCAGCCGUACCAGCUAUCUACGUUCGGGCGAGAACAGCUUCCAGGAUCAGUUCUAUCGUCCGAUCCAGCUGGUGGAGUACUAUCGCUACUUUCGCUUCUUUGCGGACGGCAAGGUCCUAAUGCUAACAACGGCUGACGAGCCACAGCAAUGUGUCGUAAGGCUGAAACCUCGAUGCCCCGCACAGAAUGAAAUACUGCGCGGACACUACCGGUUGCACGACGACGUCGUAAUCGUAGCCAUUCAACGCAACCGUCCAUCGGCGCCUGCACAAAUGCAGCGCCCGGGUCGUAAGGUACGCGAAAUCGAGCCAGAAUAUGGGCAGCAAACGUUCCUAAUGGAACUGCAGAUCGUAAGCACAGCCAAGCGGCCAUUCAGCCAGCUGCACUGGAAACAGUACACAAUGGUGCAGCAGCGUAACAACCAGGAAAAAACGACCCAGUUCGACCUAACCACCACCAAAUAUCCACCCUUGUACUUUUCGCGUGUCAAGAGCUACCACCUGGAAUCGGAAGGACCAUUGAAGUAA